AUGGGUUGCAACGCCAUCAAAGAACUUUGGGGGCGAAGUUUCAGACCGGUGGAGUUUUGGCGAACUUCGGAGCUUCGGGGUGUAUGUGUUUGUGGUUGGGUUUGGGUGAGGGUGAGGGAGGAGGUUGUAAUGCGCGGAAGAGAGAGUGGAGAUUCAGCUGUUUUGAGGCGAGGGAAAGAUCUUUGGGAAGAUGUAAUAGGCUGCAGCAAUCCAGAGGAAGUUGUGAACGCGCGGCAGCUGCGACAUAGAGUUUCAGGGCGGUGUUUGAGACAGAGGCGGUGGAGGGAGUGUGAAUACCGUGUUGGGUCACCGCGCAAGUCUUGUGAUUUUAUUUUUAUUUAUUUUUAUUUUUUAAUUUGCUCCUGCGGGAGGUGUUUUAGUGGUCAACAAACGCCAAGAAAGUGCUGGACAGGAAAGCAGGCGACUGCCGCAGCUCAUCUGAUCCUGAAGUGGUUGUCGAACACUCUGCCGGAAAGUUGUCAUCAGACUAUGAACCACUGUGUGCCAGAGUGGGAUAGAAGUGACGAUAUGCUCGAUGCCUUGAUUCCGUCAGAUGACUUCCAUGGACCAGUGUAUGGGAAAGCAGAGUUUGUGAGGUCAAGGAAGAGUCACUUUUGUCAAGUACCCGUUCAAAAUACAUUGGAAGCGGGUGGGAAUGAUAAUGGAAGUGUAAAGAUGCAGGGGCAAAGUAGUAAAUGUAACAAGCCACAGUGGCAGGCCAACUAUCCAACGACUUGGAGUAGUGGUCAGGGAACUGAAGAUGGGGUGACCCCAGGUAAACCAGUUACUUCAAAGAGUGAUGCUUUACUAGAGGCUGCGGUGAAUGAAGCACCCACGGAAGUACAUCCUGGGCAUCACAUCGAUGUUGCUCAUGACGAAAUGGUGUCUUGGUUGCAAUAUCCACUGGAUGAUACGUUGGAGAGGAACUACUGCUCCGAUUUUUUUGGAGAGCUUCCAGAUUCCCACACUCAGUUAUUGAGAGAGUCUUUUGGGCAUGGAUCCACCAAGACAGCACGUACUUCUUAUUUGGGAUCUCCAGGGAACGAUUCUGUAAUGAAUAGGGCUUCGACUACGGAUACGGCCAUGUUGUUAGGUGCGGGCCGUGCGGCAGGCUUUCUACCCCAGGCUGGUGCUGAGGCAUUCAGCAAAGUGCGUACAAUCCACUCCUUGCAACCUUCUUCCGUUACUAAAUGGCAACAACCUCAUCCCAAUUCAUCAAAUGGUUCCAAUAUGUGCGCUACAGCUAAUUUGGCAACCACUAGAGCACCUCCUUCGGCACCCCCUUCCAACCCUAUGUUACCACCCAGAACUCAGCCGAUGAUUCCUAAUGUUAAUACGCAGACUCCUCAACCCAACAACAAGCCAGGGUCCAUGAAUUUUUCCCAUUUCUCGAGGCCUGCAGCCUUAAUGAAAGCAAAUUUGCAUAGUCUAACAGGAAUGAACUCUGUGCCUCCGCCCAGUGCACGAUUUAAGCAGCAGCAGAAUCAAACUGGAAAGCCAACCGUGGAGGCGUGUACAUCCACUGGAUCUUCUAUUGCUGAGUCCACUACCGCAGGGCAGAGGUCAUCGGGGACGCAGCAGGAGUUGAAGACGCAACCUGGAGUUACCGAGAGGGAGCAGAGUAAUGGCAUCAAGGAUUGCAGAUGGCAAUCUGCACCUAGUUUAUCACCGAAGAAAGAUCGAGAUUAUGUUGUAUCCGAAGGAGAUUGCAAAAAAACUUUUAAUGACCAGGAAACCUACCGGAUUUCAGGUGUGACCAGUGACGCUGUGCUAGCUUCUUCUGAAAAAGGAGUGUCGCAUGUUACACAGCAUCCUGAUAUUCAGGAGCCUACUAUCACAUCUUCCUCAGGAGGAUGUGGGACCAGCGCUGAAAGGCCAAAAGGGUUCGCAACAAGUAACAAAAGGAAGUCAAGUGAGAGGGAAGAUACCGAAUGCCAGAGUGAAGAUGGGGAAGAUGAAUCAAUAGAUACAAAGAAGCCUGUUACUGGUCGUGGAAGUACAGCCAAAAGAAGCAGGGCUGCCGAAGUCCACAAUCAGUCAGAGAGGCGGCGACGAGAUAGAAUAAACGAGAAGAUGAGAGCCUUGCAAGAGCUUAUACCGAACUCAAACAAGACUGACAAAGCAUCCAUGCUGGAAGAGGCAAUUGAGUACUUAAAGAUGCUUCAGCUCCAGCUCCAGAUGAUAUCAAUGAGGACAGGUAUGACUUUGCCACCAAUGGUGGUGCCUGGUGGCUUACAACAACACAUGCAGAUGCCGCAAAUGCCAGGUAUGCCGUCGAUGGGGAUGGGAAUGGGGAUGGUGCCAAUGGGGCUUAGUCACGGGAUGAUGAUGGAUAUGGGAGUAACUGCACAGGGAAGAGGAGUGGUGCCCAUGCAAUCCCAUGCAGGGCCAUCCCUCAAUGGCUCUAUGGCAAGUGCAUCCUCGAUGGUUGACGUGCACGAUCCUCGCUAUCUAGCGUCAGGUGUUAUUGAUCCCUAUAAUGCCUAUCUGGCUCGUCAACAUCAGCCAAUGCAAAUGACGCAGCCUCUAAAUAUAGACAAGUAUAAUGCCUACUUGAUGCAACAGCACCAGCUUCAACAGCAACAACAGCACCAUCAUCACCAGCAACAGCACCCUCAACACCAACAACAUCAGCAGACUUCUAAUAUGAAUGGGGGUCCAUCUCAUUAAUGGUCUUGGGAAUACUGGCGAGUACGGAAGUUUGUGCAGCCUUGUAACAAAGAAUGUAAACUUGGUGGUUCUCUGGAACUUGAGGUGAGAACUUGGACACGUAUCAACCUCUCUUUUGCAGUGGCUUUUAACAAAGCUGAAGAGCUUUGACCAUUAUGGCGGUGGAUGGGCCAGUGCCAACUCUGCGGGAGCAGGCUGUUGCCAGUGUAAACGUCACAUCAUCUGUUCACUUGGAAUCCUUUUUACCAGGGAGAUUGAGCAGACCAAGGGCUGAGGCUGUUAAACAGUGGUCAUGGUCAUUGCCAAUUCAAUCUGGAGCUUUCAGUAGAAUCAGGGUCUUGGAGAUUCGGUGGUAAUCAGUUAGCUAGUAUUUUUCUGCAGUUAUGCAAAGAGUCGUGAGAUUUGUGUCAAUAUUCAAAGUCGGAAGUGGAACUGUAAACAUGAUCACCAUCAUUCUCUUGCAAAAUAUAUUAGUGACGAUGCACAUCCAAGAAUAAGGUGCAGUCUCCGUUUUUAACCUUGCA